UCAAUAUUUCUAUCAUGCUAACCAUCUUGGUGCAAAAGUAACUCGGGGAUACGAAUAGAUCCCGAUCACCGGAUAAUCGCGCAGCGCUUGAUAGUAAUUCGCUUCUUGUUCGUGACAUGGUCCACGGAAGAAGGGUCUGGGUGACAUCAAUGAGAUAAAUUUUAACGUUCUGGCAUACAUGACCCUUUGAUCUUAACUAAAAGGUAUUCACUCAGUAUCAUGCACUACUAUGUCUGGCAGUUGUUGUGCGUCGCAGGGCUAAUUCUCUACGCUGUUUGGGGUAGCUACUUUGCGAGAAACCCGCUAGAUAACAUUCCUGGCCCCCCCUGUCAGCGUUGGUGGACAGGCAACUUGGAACAGAUAUUUGCGCGGUAUGCAUGGGAUUUCCACAAGAUGCUUGCGGAACGCUAUGGUCCAGUAUCGAAAUUCUAUGGGCUUUUUGGGACAAGGGAGCUCUAUGUAUUUGAUCCAAAGGCCAUGUACCAUAUCAUGGUCAAAGAUCAGAACAAUUUUGAAGUGACUCAUACCUUUUUGGCGACAAGCAAGGUCCUUUUUGGAAAUGGCCUGCUGUCGACGUUGGGCGAACACCACCGAAAGCAACGGAAGAUGCUCAACCCUGUGUUUUCUAUCAGCCACGUGCGAGACAUGGUGCCUGCUUUUCUCGAGGUGACGAAAUGCCUCCGAGACGGCAUUGCAGCGCAGGUAGAGCACGGGCCCUGUGAAAUCAAUAUGUUGGAGUGGCUCGAUCGCACCGCUCUUGAACUUGUGGGGCAGUGCGGACUGGGGUAUUCUUUUGAUUGUAUGAAGGAAGGCUAUGCCAAUCCUUACAGUGCUGCCGUCAAGAACCUCCUGCCAACAUUAUUCAAAUUGUCUGUUGCGAGGAAAUUUCUCCCAUUUCUUAUCAAUGUUGGUUCUCCUAAUUUCAGGAGAUUCGUCGUGAAGAAUUUUCCAUGGAAGGCACUGAGGGAGAUCUGUAGUAUUGUCGACGUUAUGGACGAGAUAACGACGAAGGUCUUUGAGGAAAAGAAACGUGCGCUUUCUAAGGGAGACGGCGCGGUAUUGCACCAGUUCCAAGAAGGAAAAGACAUCAUGAGCAUACUACUGCGAGCCAACAUGAACGCUUCAGUGGAAGACCGUCUUCCAGAUUCAGAGCUUGUGGCUCAAAUGAGCACACUUGUUUUUGCCGCAACACAUACGACUUCCGGUGCUCUGUGUCGCACUCUCUUGACUCUGGCUCAUCACCAAGAUGCACAAGACAGACUGGGCGAGGAAAUCCGACAAGCAAUGACUCAACUUGGCGUGCUUGACUAUGAUACCCUGGUCAAUCUGCCGUACCUCGACGCAGUAUACCGAGAGACACUGCGCUUGUAUCCUCCAGUCACCACCGUCACACGCACUGCAGGUGACAAUAUAGUCAUCCCCUUCUCGCGUCCCAUCAAAGGGAAUGAUGGGACAUACAUGCGCGAGGUCCUUGUGCCCAAGAACACGAAUGUUGUUGUGUCAAUCCUGAACUCUAACCGAGAUCCUGAAAUCUGGGGAGACGACGCGCUCCAGUGGAAACCGGAAAGAUGGCUGUCUCCGCUUCCACAAAGUGUUAUCGAUGCCGAGAUUCCAGGGGUUUACUCCCACUUAAUGACAUUCAUUGGUGGUGGAAGAGCGUGCAUCGGAUUCAAGUUUUCAGAACUCGAGAUGAAAAUCGUCCUUUGCAUGCUCAUUCAGACAUUUAAGUUUACUCCGACGAAAGAGAUCGAUUGGACCUUGCAUGUGUCAUCUCCGAACGUCAAAGGUUCUGAGGAUGCUAAGUGGCAGUUGCCGCUCCGAGUCGAGUCGAGAUGAUAUCACAUCGAUGCGUGCGGUGCUAGAAACAUAAUCAGGGGUCCUGCGGCAUUUCGAGCUGUAGUUGCUAUGUGAUAUUUGAAGUAUACUAGUCGGUCUGAAGUGAACUGGGGACAAUUUAGUCCCGUUCCUAGAGUCUACGGACAGUACAGUGGAGUAAUUUAGUGUCAGAUGAAAUGCAUUCACGGUGAGUACUAUU